AUGACAAUCGAGGCCUUCACGCCUCUCAAGGGCCACUGUACAUGCAAGACCAUCACAUAUGAAGUCUUAGCCCCCUUCCUCUGCACAAACUGCUGCCACUGCACAUGGUGCCAGCGCGAAACCGGCGCCGCAUACGCCCUCAAUGCCAUAAUCGAAUCAUCAAGUUUCCGAAUCACCUCGGACACAAAACCUAUUAUCAGCGACCUACCCACAAGCUCUGGUAAUGGUCAAAAGAAUGCUCGGUGUCCCAAGUGCUACGUAGUGAUUGCCUGCGAUUAUGGAGAUGAUUUCACCUGGACAACUUUUGUGAAGGUGGGGACUCUGGAUGAUGAAAGCAGGAAGAAAGUCAGACCGGAUGUUCAUAUUCAUACAAGUUCAAAAAUGGAUUGGGUUGAUUUAAGUAGUGAGAAGGAGAGAGGAAUUCCAGUUCUAGAGGCGGGUUACAAGGCCGUUCAGGUGUGGAGGAAGGAUGCGCUGGAGAGAUUUGAGCUGCUGAAACAGAAGAUGAAGGCAUCUGAGGAAGAGAAGAAAGAGAGCAGCAUAUCUACAGCUGGGACAUAA